ACUCUGCUGGGCAUCACUGCGCGUCAAAACAUUGCGUCUCUGCAGGACUUGCCAGGGCCGGAGAGGAGAGGAAAUUUGCUUGGGAAGGAAUGCGAAAGGGGUUUUAGGAUUGGCACUGCCACGAGGAAGACGAGGAGGUGCGACAUUUUCUGAGCUACGUGGAGAUCCGUUUUUUCUUCCCUUCAAAGGUGUUUGCCUCCCAACCCACCGCCCACCACGGCCCUCACCUGUGUGUUGCGGUGCUUCCCUUGUGAGCCGACCUGGGCUGGCAGUCCCUUCUUGCACCGCCCGCCAACUCCGCCCAUGGUCAGAAUGACGCGCUCCAAGACUUUCCAGGCAUACUUGCCGAGCUGCCACCGAACCUACAGCUGCAUCCACUGCCGAGCUCACCUGGCCAACCACGACGAGCUCAUCUCCAAGUCGUUCCAGGGCAGCCAAGGCAGAGCCUACCUGUUCAACUCAGUGGUGAACGUCGGGUGUGGCCCUGCAGAGGAGAGAGUUCUGCUCACAGGCCUGCACGCUGUAGCAGAUAUCUACUGUGAGAACUGCAAGACUACCCUGGGCUGGAAAUACGAACAUGCCUUUGAGAGCAGUCAGAAGUACAAAGAGGGCAAGUUCAUCAUCGAGCUGGCCCACAUGAUCAAGGACAAUGGCUGGGACUGAGGGAUGAGCAGCCAGGACACGACCGCAGCAGUGGAGAGGGGGAAGGGGGGUGGAUGGAUGGACGGACAAAUGGAGGGAGGGAGGGGGGUCGUGUGUGGUGGGUGAGUGUGUGACUUUGGUUUGGCUGAUUUACCAUUAACCUCUGUAACUCUCUGCCCAUCCCUCCCUACCACGCCUCUCGACGCACACACAUACACACACGCGCGCACACACACCAAGGUCCCAGACAUCCCAGCUUGAUAGAGAGACAGACUAGGCAGGCUUGUACGCAGCUAGCAGGACUAGGUGACAGUGUCUGGCCGGCAAAAUGUCUCAUUUUCAUGUCUUUUCGUUUUGUAACUGAAACAUGAUUUGAUAGCUCGAUAGUAUUCCACCUUGUCUCAAACUAAUGUUAGAAAAAGUUGUUAACGGGUCAGUCAGUGGAAAUUUAGCCAGAAAGAGGGUGGUUAGGCCGGCCUGGCAGGGUUCAUUGGCCUUGGUUGAAGAGCUGACGGGCAUUCACUCUGUCCUCAGCUUGAAUGAGAUGACCUAAGAUGAUUAUAGCAAAUCCAGCUGAUCGGGGCCAUGCCAGCUGGGCCAGUGAUGAGGCCUGGCGCUGAGGCUUGGCACGGAGGCCCAAGCACAUGGGCGUUGGGUUGCAGCGAGGGGGUGUCGGGGUGGGUGCAGGGAUUGCUGCCCACCAGGCCUCUCUCUCAACAUGGUGGGGAGGGGAGGCUCCUGAUCCAGUUAUGCAGUGGCUUUGAUGGCUUCUGGCUGGGAUUCAGUCCAUGUUUUGCCAGUGAUGCAGCUCAGGACGGGCCGAGAGUGAAAGGGAUACAGACAGACAGCCACCAGCUUGUCCUAAAACCUCAUAGGAAUUUGCCCUCGCAGCAGCAAAGCAGCUCCCCUGGGUUUUAUUCAUCCUUUAAUACAACAAGUCGUGUAAAGUGAUCUGGCGAUCCUUCCCGUGUAUGUCUGGUGUCGGUAGAUGCAUCGCUGCGUCCACCUUUGUUACUUAGCCAGAUAGAAUUACACAACAUAAGCGUGUCUCAGGUGAACAACUUUGGCUGGGAUUCCCAAACGUUUGCAAGCACUGUGAGCAUCUUUUUUUUUUUGAGGUCGAUGAGCUAAGGUGACGAGGCGCUGUGGGCUUGGGAGAGGCAGGGGGCAGCUAGUGGUCAGUCAGACACAACACCUGCUGUCACGCAAAUAACAGUUUGAUUUAAGACACAAAACAAAUGGCCGAUGCAUGACUGGUUUCAUGGGCCGAGGGAAAAUGCAAAUAGUAAAAAACAUUAACACAGAAAGUAAAUUAUUACUUUUACUGAAGUUACGAGGUAUAUACAUAACCACAGCGGUGUGUAAUAUAGAUGCAUAUGUAUAAAAAGGUAUCACUCUUAGGCUCUCUUUCAGUCUGGGAUGACUGCUGUUUAACUGCUGUUACACUGAUCUUCACUAACUCACAAAACAUAGUAAACCAACUGGGCAACAUUAUGAAGCAACGCACAAGAUAGACCCACCUACUCAUUGUUUUGUCCUUAAAGCUGGGGUAGGCAGAAAAAAACAAAUUAAAAUACAUCCUCCCCCUGCAGCUCUCCCCACUCUGUCCCAAGAACCUCCUCCAAAAUGACCACAGGCAUAUGCACACACUCCAUACAGUAACCCAGUGUUUCCCAUACAUUGAUCUCAUUGUAGAGUUACACACACUGUGUUCUUUCAGCCUCUCUUUGCCCCGCUCUCUCUGUCUCUUUGUUUAUCAGACCAAAAAUGAGACAAGAUUUAACAGGCUAAUGUUAGCCACCUCGACAUCCUUUGCCUCAGUCCCCACUGCAGUGGACUGCCCUCUCAGUAGGAGAGCUGGCAGCAGCUCUGGAGACAGACCUUCGUUCGGCAGCUGUAGCGACUCGAAUUCAGCCACUGCAAAUCCCCCACAGCCAGGUGUCACAGUGGGCUGGUGGCCAGCGGCAGCGCUAGGUCUAACCUGUUGGCUGAUCCAGAGGGGAGUGGAGACUGUUCGGUGACUGGGGGUUUGUCUCCAGACCCAGUGAGGUGGCGAGUGAGGUGGACACACUGUGAUUCUAAACUCUAGCUAACGUCAGGCACAUAAACAUGAAAUUGAAGCCGCAGCCACGAGUCUUUUUGGCUCAGGUUAGCAGAUGGCUAAAUUAUUAGCAUUAGCAUAUGGACACUUUCUAUCUCUGAAAUGCUUUGCUGAUACUGCUUUAUUCUUUUUAUUGUCAGACUCUUUUUUAGGGUGCUUUCACAUCUGUCUUGUUUGGUUCGGUUCAAUCCACUCAAGUUCCUUUGCCUCCUAAGUGCGGUUUGUUGUGAACACAGCAAUCCCACUUGCUGCUUGAAGAGGUGGUCUGGUUACAAACAAACUCUGGUGCGGUUCGUUUGUGGUGAGAACGUGUUCCAACCUCGAUCCAAACCAACUGCAGUCACAUGACACAUUGUUUGGGUUAAACAUGAGCAUGUUACAGUCCUGGAGGAUUAUUAAUGUGCACCUCCUCCUGUACUGCCUUAAUAUGCACAUUCAGCACAUCCAAUGCAUCAAAACAUUGUUUUCUAGUUGGAGCCGCGCCUCGUUUUCAAACUGUAUGGUUUGACUAAAAUGAACAAUGACAGCAAUAUAGUCCACGAUGAGCAGCGCUAAAAUCAACCUGCGUAGUUGUCCCUCCAUUGUGACAUUAGAAAGUGUCACAUUUAUCUUACAAGUGUACUCUUCUUCAACAUUUGCUUUACGUCCUGGAUUUUUCCUGCAUCAAAAUUCUGACCAAUCAAGAGCAGCUUUCUCGCACAAGGCAUUUGAUCUGGUCUGCUUGGAAAUGCUGCCGUGAGAACAAUUGUGCCCCUUUGUAACAAAAAUAGUCCCUGAUUCAGACCAAAGCAAGACAACUCUAGGUCUGUAAGCACCCUUAGACUCUUUGAUAAAUCCGUCUUCCUUUUUUGGGUUGCUUUGCAGUGGAGGCAGUUGUUGCCAAUGCUGAAAUAGCAACUCUCCACCAUUUAAUUUUACCAUCUAAAGAAAUAUGCAUUCACAUCUGCAUUUGUAAAACCUGUCGCAGACUAGGUUUUCUAAAGCCUGAAAACAGAGCCAAGAGAAGGUGCAGAAGUCUAGUGUUCUUUCAGACCACUUAAAUUACUCAAAGUUUUUUAUGGGACUUUUGCCCAAAAUGAAACUGCCUACCCAAGCUUUAAUGCACCAACACAUUAUCUUCCCAGGUUUUGCCCCAGUUUUAAAUCAUUUUUCUUCCGCCUCAGUUAACUUAAAUAUUCCUCAUGCAUCAUCGGUCUUCGAGUUAUGACACCUGGUUAAAUGUGAGGUAUCGUUAAUGGGGGAGCAUUGCUCAGGUACCUUGAUGCUACCUUUUCUUUGCUGAGGCCAGGAUCCUACACAGUGUGCUGGAUGUGUUGUCAUUCUCUGAUGGAAAUGUGUUAUUUUCAAAUGAGGGAAUCCAUCCUGUGGAAAUGCAACAUUAAUGCAUGCAUGAAGUAAAACAAGUGUUCUGACCAGUUUUGUGCUCGGUCCUCGUCACAUCUUUGUGAAAAGAACAUUCUGUGUGUAUUAGAGUUGCAAUGAAACCUUGUGCUGUAACACGACAUCUGAUCAGUUUCACCUCAGUCCAUUUGAGCCGCCAGAUUCUUCUUAAGAUUAAAUUUGAUCCUGGUUUAGAAAAUUAGUUAACCUUAAUUAGUUGACCUGUUUGUCACACAUAGUUUCCUGUUGUUGCGAGCAUUGCUUUAGAAGUUGCCCCAUGUACGGCGAGUAAGACUCUCCAGUUACAACCAAACCUAAACCGAUAACUUCAGUAACACUCAGCAGCUGACUGCUCAGUCGGAGGCUGCGACAGUAAACCCAGCACAACCAAAGAACCCACCCAUCAACAAUAAAUUGACCAAACAAAAGAUCAUUUUGCUUGGGCAAGUGUUGCAAAACAAGGGGGUGUGUAUAGCUGAAAGCCAAGGUUGUGGAUAGCCUUUCUCUGUGAUAUAUAUAAUGCUUUAUGAUUUUGUAAACAAAAGAUCUUAAUAUAUGAAUAUAUUCUAUUUACUGUAUUCACCACGAGGAUUAACAUUCAUGUCGACCUCUGUGUUACAGACUGUAAAUAGUGUUAAUGUAUUGUGUUUUAUCUAUGAUCCAUACGGUGAUGAAUGAAUAUGAUUUAGGUCAUGUCAUGCUUUCUCUCUGGUACCCCACAUUGGCUGUACGAUACUACUUUUUUACUGAAAAUGUUUCAAUUUUAAUGUCUUUUGUAAAGGAGGAUGCUGAUGUUGACUAUAUAUCAUUGGAUCUUCAUCUAAUAAAAUGCACCUUGAUAUCUGUA